GACUGAGUGAAGCGGUCGGGGCCGGCCGGCAGUGCCGGUUCUGUGGUGUGGGCGGGUGUGUGUGCCUGUGUGGUCUGAGGGAGAGUGCAGAGUGGUGACCCGGACCGAGGUCCACCCUCGUGCCGAGAGGUCACAUGGGUUAGGAGAGAGGUGGAGAGUGAGGAAGAGCGGACGGAGGAGCUGCUGGUCGGGACUCAUCCGGUGAUCAGCAUGGGACUGUCGCAGAAGGAGCUGCUAGCAGCCGUGGAGCGAUCCCAGAACAAGGCCAUCAAAAAGGGCUCGGACCCAGGAGCCGCCACGUGCCGGGGCAAGCUGCAGUACCGCCGCUCUCGGCUGAAUGUCGACAUCAACAAACACCUGCUGCUGCGACAGGGCGCCGAGAACCUCCUCAGAGCGGCUGAGAACAAGAAGGUUCGCCAGGCGGUAUCGCUGGAGCUCAGCUUCCUCAACUCAAACCUGCAGUUUCUCAAGGAGGAGCUAUCCGACCUCAACAGCUCCGUGGAUGUGUAUCAAAAUGACGACAGCAAACUGCAGCACAUACCAAUGAUCCCGUUCGGACUGAAAGAAACCAAUCCCAUCGACUUUACAGAUGCUUUCAAGGAAUUCAUAGCUGAGCACUACCAUGAAGACCCCGAGCCGUAUAUUGGCGUCAUCAAGGAUUUCAUCGACACCAGGCAGGCCAUGAGGACGCCCCAGCGGAGCAGCACGGGACUGGCGCUGCUGUUUGAGUACUACAACCAGCUCUACUUCAUCGAACGGAGAUUGUUCCCUCCCGACAGACACCUGGGAGUCUACCUUGAAUGGUAUGAUUCUCUGACGGGCCUGCCCAGCUGCCAGCGGACGAUGGCCUUUGAGAAGGCGUCUGUUCUAUUCAACAUCGCCGCCCUACACAGCCAGCUGGGCGCUAAGGAAGCUCGGACCUGUCAGAAGGGUCUGGACACCACUAUCGGCCACUACCUGCGAGCAGCCGGAAUAUACAGGUACAUUUUGGAGAAUUUCUCGAACGCCCCGAGCCGCGACCUGGACCCGGACGUGCUGGAGGUUCUGACGGGCCUGCUGACCGCCCAGGCGGGCGAGUGUCGCCUGGAGCGACUGCUGUUGGAAGAGGAGAGCGCCGAGCUGGCAGCCCGGCUGGAGAUGGGCAGGGAGGCCGCUCAGGUGUCUGAGAUGUACCGGCGACUGGGGGAGCGGAUGACACCGAUGUCCGAAUCCUCUGAGGAGUCAGUGCCGCCCUCCUGGCAGGACUUGGUCAACAUCAAGGCGGUCCACUACUCGGCACUCGCUCACAACCACUUGGCCCUCGGACUACUGGACCACCGAGGUCCUCUGAGUGAACAGGACGCCGCGACACUCCGGCACUCCCAGCAGGACGGAGGCACCAUUCUGGGGGCGGAACUGACGGCACCGCGCACCGCCGCACAGGCCUUCUAUCUCGGCCGGUGCCACCUCCGCGAGGCGAUCACCCAGCACGAGGAGGCACUGCGGCUCUACCGCAUGUCCCGCGGCCUGAAGAAGCAGGAGAGCCUGCUGCACGUGCUGAGGGUGGCACUGGAGCUGGCAGCUGAGAGACAGGCGGUGACACAGCGAGAGGACGACUUCGAUCUGCCCGUCGAGCCGCCGGCCAUCUCUG